AUGGGGUCUGGUGCAUCAUGUUGUAGAAGUAGCAAGUCUGCUGGUCUUAACAAACCUUCAACUCCUGCUGGUCAACCAUCAAAGAUUCAAACACAGGCUACUGAAGUUCCAACUCUCAUGGCUUCAUUGCAAGGUCAAAUGCCGAAUGAUAAUGUCCAAGAUGCUGAAAACGUUAUGACUCAUUUCCUUGAUGUAGAAAAUGGGUUGCUUCCGGAAGAAAUGCCACAACGUAUUGAAUGCAAUGAUAUUGUUGAAUUUACGAUUAAAGAAAAUACUGGAUAUGAUAUCUUUGAAGUAUAUAAAGAAGGUAAUGAUUAUUAUCGAGUAAUUAAUGGUUAUGAAUUACUUAAUAUAAAAGAUGAUACACCAAAAAAUAAAAGACGUCUAUUAUUUCCCUUUGCUCUUAAUCAACCUCAAAGUGAAUUAUAUUUUUGUAUUAUGCCAUCAUCACAACGUCAAACAUUAUCAGAUACACUUAAAUGUCCAAAACAGAAUUGCGAAAAAAAUCGUCUAAUAGUUAACAAGCCUGAAAUUAAGUUUACUUUAACCGAUGAAAAAGAAAAUCAAAAAGUUUAUUUAUGUAAAGGUGAUACUGUGGAUAUAGAAUGGAUAACAUCUGGUCCUGGCUAUCGUAUGGAAGAAAAAAAAUAUUGUCCUGUAUCUGGUGGUCUUUACACAGUUUCUCAAACAUCUGAUAAUGUAUCUCAUCGAGUUUCAUCGAAAGGAAAAUUUUCUAAAACAUUUACUGAUUUUGGUAUGUCGUUCUUAUUUCGUUUAACUGAUACAAAUCAAAUUCAUGACAUAACUGUUUGUAUUGUUAAUAAAACAUAUAAAAUGAAACAUAUCGAGAUAAAAGAUGAUAAAAUUCAACCAAAUAUUAUUUGGUUGGAUGAAAAUGAUUGGAUUAGAUUUUCAUGGAACGGAAGACAUAAACAAACUGUCGUACAAAUUGAACCAUUUACUAUUAGUGAAAAUAAACAACAAUCAAUUGAACUUAGAACAAUUGGUGAGAAUUUCUUUUGGCCAAAUGAUCCAUCACGUAGUGGUUGUAUUUAUCAUCAGUUUAUGAAAACAGGAAUAUAUUGUUUUAAAACUGGAGAUCAGCAAAUUGGUACAAUUAUUGUUAAACCUCGUAAUACUAUUCGUUCUAUACCAAUCGAUGGUGAUAAAUUAACUUAUAAAAUGAAUACAAAUGAUUUAGUACAGUUCGAUUGGAAAAUGAAUGAUUCACAACAAGAACCAAUAUUAAUUACUAUUGAGUCAAAUUCAUCUGUAGUACCAGAUGCUGCUGGUGGUCCUACUGGAGUAUUUGAAUGUGCCUUACAUAAAUGUAUUAAAGUCGAACCAUUGUUUCGUCAACAUUUUUAUACAUGUGAAACAUAUAUUUUACAUAUUCCUCAGCAUGGUCUCUACAAUUUUGCUUAUUCUGAUAACCAAGACAGUAGUCUUCUAAGUAUUAUUGUUGAAAAUGAUGUUGACAGUCAUCGUGUUGCUUAUAAUGAUCAAAAUGUGUUUCAACCUGAUCUAUUAAUAAUAAAUCGUCUUGAUCAGGUAUGGUUUGAUUCAUCGUCAAAAACUGUGGCUAAUAUUUAUCGAACAGAUGAAUUUGGUAAACGAUUAGAAUCAGAAAAACCAUUAUUUCAACCUCAAUUAAAUAGUAUUAAUUAUUAUAUGAAAGAAUUUCAACAAUUGGGUAUUUAUUAUUUUUCAACUGAUAUAAAUAAUACUGAUACAAACAAUAAGAAACAAAAUUCAAUUCGACCACUAACUGUUGUUGUUUUACCAGAAAUACGUUUUCAUUAUAAAUCAAUAACUAAAGAUGAUUUUGAUAACGAACCAAUAAUAACAAAUAUAAAUGAUUUUGUUGUUUGGCAAUUCGAACAAACUAUUUCUCGUAGUCUUAUACAAGUAAAUUCAGAUGAAACAUUACAAGAAUUACUAUCUUGUCAUGAACGAGCUGUUACUGGAAGAAAUCGACAAUGUCUUGCUGUUGAAUGUAUUGUUCAGGGAACAUUCUAUUUUGCUAAUCCAGAAUUUGAACGAGUAAGCGGUUUAGAAGAGACUCGUCUUCUGUCAACAAUUGUUAUUGAUCCACUAUUUUGUCAAAAUUGUUUUAUUACUACUAGCCAUCAAUUUGUUCCAAAUAUUUUACAUAUUGCACAGAACGAUACUGUUUCAUGGAUAUUAAAUAUAAAUGAACGAAAUCACCGAAUUUAUGUACAAUCAAAUAAUAAUGAGGAAGAAAUUGAUAAUGACAAGUUUAUUGAUAAAAAUCUUUCUGAAUAUGUAUCUGGUGUUCAUUAUUUACAUACAUUUAAAGAACCUGGAGAAUAUAUCAUUCGAUCUAAUCGUUUUCAGAGUACAGCAAUUGUAUAUGUUUAUUCGGAGAAUACUGUUCGAAGUCAAAGAAAACAACUUCAAGAACCUCGAAUAGUUGAAGAUAUAGAGCCUACAAGUGAAUUUGGUUCACAAAUUCAUUUGUUUUGUCCAGAUCGAAAUGCUAUUAUUUUUUAUACACUGGAUGGUUUACCUCCAACACGACAUUAUGAUAAUGUUUUGAAAUAUGAUCCGAAUGAAGGUCUACGCUUACUUGAACAAGGUUUACAUAUUAUACGUGCUUAUGCAGUUGAAGAUGAAAAAAUAUCAAGUAGUAUUGUAACAAGCAGUCCAACAUUUGUUCUGGAGAAUAAGGAAGUUGCAGCUAUGAACGAACUUCGAGCUUUAUGGAAUAAUUGUACAAUGAAACUUUCAGUUUCAUUAGAACAUCCAAAUAAAAUGUAUGGAAACAUUAAAAUUGAACCAGCAAAUUCAAUUGAUUUUAUUGAUCAUAUUGAAUUACAUAUUAAUGAUGUUGCACAAAAAGUGAAUUUAGCACCAACCGAUUUGAAUUUUUCAGCAAAAGGUUUUGCUGCUGGAGAACAAUACGAAGUACACGUUGUUGCUUAUCCAAAAGAUAAUAUUACUGAUGUCGAACCGAUUUUAUCAAAUAAACGAGCAUUUGAAAUACAACGGGAAGUUCCCGGUGGUGGACCAUUACUUAGUUUAGCUUUGUCAAGUGAUCAAAGUACAAUACUUUUAGUGUGGGCACAUAUCGGUGAUCAUGUUAGUGAAUAUAUUGUUUAUGUGGAUAAUAUUGAAACAAAAAUUAUUACCGAACGAGAUUUUAAUGAUUUUUAUGGUAUUCAAUUUCAUGGUGCACAACAACGUAAAAAAUAUUCAUUUCAUGUUGACGCAAAAAUUAAAAAUACUAAUGAAAUUCGUAAAUCAAAUAUUAUCAAUGUGACUGCACCAUUAGAUUUAUCAGUUAAGAAACCAAUUCUUGAUCAAUAUUUUCCUUAUAUUAUAAUUAACGAUGAACAAGCAUCAUCCAGUAUGCAUCUUGAAAAGGGUUUGGAUCGGUUAUCUUCUUCAAAAUUAUCUAUUAGAACUUCUUCUCCUUCUUCGUCUGCUCCUCCUUCUCCUGCAGCCUCUUCGCGGUCAAAUAUUCAUAAAAUUGAUUUGAACGAUGCAUCAUUAAAUACGAGUGAAAUCAUUCCUCAAAAAAGUGAUGAUUAUGAUAAUGAUAAAACUGAUAAUCUAAAAGAACAAGAACAAGAACAAUUACCUACUUCCAAUGAAACAUCAACAAUGCAAAUAAAAAUUGAUGAAACUACAGAAGACUCGACAACAGAAAAAUUUGAAACAAUACAACAACAACAACUACUACUACAACAAAAUCAAAAUUCUAUUGUAUCUGAUGAUUUUAAACGUCGAGCACAAGAUCUUCUUAAAAGAUUAACACAAGAUAUUGAAAAUCGUUUGAAACAAUCAAAUUCAAAUUCUACGCAUCCACAUAAAUCAUUUCUUGGUACUCAACAUUAUAAAGAUGAGCAACUUCUUUCACAACGAUCAUCAGUAUCUUCUCCUGAUCCAUAUACAGAUAGACUUCCACCUAAAUCUCAACGACGUUCAGCAACACUGAAUAAAAAUCUCAAUCAAAAUGAUAAUACAAUGUUCAAUGACACUUCAUAA